GCCCGAUGGGUCAAAUGGCCCCCGGUGGGGGAAGGAGGAGUUUCCUUUUGGCCUGAACUUGGCUGACCUCGGUAGCUUCCGCCCGGUGAGGGACACUCUGGCUAAAGUCUUGGAGGCUACUGCCUGAAGAUGACCUCUAGGGACCAGCGCAGCCCCAAGGGCCCCCCGAAAAGCACUUCGCCUCAUCCUGGGACGUCGAACUCUGAGAGCUCUCCUACGAUGAAUUAUCAGGGCAUUCUAAAUCGGCUCAAGCAGUUCCCCAGGUUUUCUCCUCAUUUUGCUGCAGAGUUGGAGAGCAUUUACUACUCGCUGCACAAGAUCCAGCAGGAUGUGGCGGAACAUCACAAGCAGAUAGGAAACUUCUUACAGAUUGUGGAGAGCUGCAGCCAACUCCAGGGUUUCCAGUCUGAGGAGGUCUCACCUGCUGAACCAGCCAGCCCUGGGACAGCCCGGCAAGCGGAGGACAAGAGCCUGCAGGAGUCGAGCUUUGAGGACAUCAUGACCACCAGGUCCUCCGACUGGCUCCGGCGGCCUUUGGGGGAGGACGAUCAGGCAGAGACCCAGCUGUUCUGGGACAAGGAGCCUUGGUUUUGGCACGACGCUCUGACCGAGCAACUCUGGCGGAUUUUUGCUGGCGUCCACGAUGAGAAGGCAAAGCCCAGAGACAGACAGCAGGCACCAGGCCUGGGGCAGGAAAGCAAGGCACCAGGAUCCUGUGACCCAGGAGCAGACCCAUGUCCCGAAGAUGCUUCCACCCCCAGGCCACCUGAGACCUCCUCCAGCCCCCCUGAGGGUUUCCAAGACAGGAACACAAGAUGGAGUAUGGUCCAGGGGCUCACAGGCAGGUCAGUUACCCCGAGGCCUCCCCUCCCAAGAUCCUGGGACCCUGAGGACUUUGCAGAUGCAUGGAAGAGGCCAGAUGCCUUGCCCGGGCAGUCUAAGAGACUUGCCAUCCCGUGCAAACUGGAGAAGAUGCGGAUUUUGGCACACGGGGAGCUCGUGCUCGCCACGGCCAUCAGCAGCUUCACGCGACACGUGUUCACCUGUGGCAGAAGAGGCAUCAAGGUGUGGAGCCUGACUGGCCAGGUGGCUGAGGACAGGUUCCCUGAGAGCCACCUGCCUGUACAGACCCCUGGGGCCUUCCUGCGCACCUGCCUGCUGUCCUCAAACAGCAGGAGCCUGUUCACCGGUGGCUACAACCUGGCCAGCGUGAGUGUGUGGGACCUGGCGGCGCCCUCCCUGCAUGUGAAGGAGCAGUUGCCCUGUGUGGGUCUCAACUGCCAGGCCCUGGACGCCAACCUGGAUGCCAACCUGGCUUUCGCCAGCUUCACCAAUGGUGUGGUCAGGAUUUGGGACCUGCGGGAUCAGAGUGUGGUCAGGGACCUCACGGGUUACCCUGAUGGAGUCAAGAGUUUCGUGGUCAAGGGCUACAACAUCUGGACUGGGGGUCCGGAUGCCUGUCUGCGGUGCUGGGACCAGAGGACCAUCAUGAAACCUCUGGAGUACCAAUUCAAGUCUCAGAUAAUGAGCCUGUCCCACAGCCCCCAGGAGGACUGGGUACUGCUGGGCAUGGCCAAUGGCCAGCAGUGGCUGCAGAGCACCAGCGGGAGCCAGCGGCACAUGGUGGGGCAGAAAGACAGCGUCAUCCUGAGCGUCAAGUUCUCCCCCUUUGGCCAGUGGUGGGCAAGCGUUGGAAUGGACGACUUCCUUGGCGUCUACAGCAUGCCGGCGGGGACAAAGGUGUUCCAGGUGCCUGAGACGUCCCCAAUGACGUGCUGUGACAUCUCUUCCAACAACCGCCUCAUCGUCACAGGCUCUGGGGAGCAUGCCUCUGUGUACCAGAUCACCUACUGAGGGGCCUCGCUGCUGUCAUCCGACUCCGGCUCCUCUUUUCAUCCCCCCUUUUUUUUUUUUUGCCCCCCAACUAGGGGGUCAUGGUGGAGGGAAGCAGGAAGGCUCUUUUAUGGCAUCCAUGAUCCAGUCUGUGGUGUACAGACUGGUCGCCGUCACGUGUAAUAAAGCACCCGGGAAAGGCAGAGUGGACGUGUCCUGUCCUCUGAAGGGAAAGAGGCCUUCCCAUCUUGUCCCUGCUCAACUUGUGGAAACCUGGAAGGACUUCAGCCUGGUGACUCUAAACCUUUUUUUUUUUUUUUUUUGGUGGGGGGCAGGGUCUCACUCUGUUAUGCAGGCUGGAGUGCAGUGGUGCCAUCACAACUCACUGCAGCCUCUCCAACUUCUGGGCUCAAGCCAUCCUCCUGCCUCAGACUCGUGAGUAGUUGAGACUAUAGAUGUACACCACCCCACUCGGCUAGUUUAAUUUUUUUGUAGAUGCUGGGUGUGGUGGCUCACACCUGUAAUUCCAGCACUUUGAGGUCGGGGGUUUGAGACCAUCACGGUGAAACCCCAUCUCUACUAAAAAUACAAAAAUGAGCUGGGCACGGUGGCACGUGCCUGUAAUCCCAGCUACUAAGGAGGCAGAGGCAGGAGAAUCGCUUGAACCCGGGAGGCAGAGGUUGCAGUGAGCCAAGAUCAUGCCACUGUACUCCAGCCUGGCAAUGGAGCAAGACUCUGUCUCAAAUUAAUAGAAAUGACAAAAUUUUGUGUAGAGAUGGGGUCUUGCUCUGUUGCCCAGGCUGGUCUCAAACUCCUGAUUUUACGUGAUCCUCCCACCUCGGCCUCCCAAAGUGCUGGGAUGACAGGCGUGAGCCACGGUGCCCGGCCCUCUGAGCCGUUUCCAUCCUCGUUCUCUGGGAAUCUAGUCACAGCCACAGACUUCCCUGCUGGGGUAGCAGAUUUCCACCUGUGCCGCCUGGAGCAGCUCCAGUGUCGUCCGAUGUUUCUGGUGUGAUUCCAGGAGCGGUGUGAGUGGUCCCGUCCUAGACAUGUCCCAUUUGACCAGUGAGCCUCCAGUAGGGUGAUUCUGCCCCCAGGGGACUCUAGGCGAUCUCUGGAGGCAUUUCUGGUUGUCAUGACUUGUGGGGUCCCCCGGCAUGGAGUGGGUGGGGGCAGGGACAAUACUCACCACUCUGCGGUGCCCAUGAUGGCCCCACCCCAGAGGAUGGUCCAGUCCCGAUGUCCACAGUGCUAAGGUCGAAACAAAUUUCCAAUAGCUUCACUGCUCGGCCGCCUUCCCACACAAACUAGGGCUCUGGAAACACCAUUUGCCCACCCUGCCUUUUCCAAGUUAGGAAGGGGCCCAGAUGUCAACAGGCCUAGGCUCCUUAACCCACAGAAUUAUCUCCUUUCCUGCAGUGUCUCCAGAAACGUCCACCAGGGCGUGCCUUCUGUUCUCAGCAGGAACCCUCCCAUCUCUUUCUAGAACGUUCCCAGCGGCAUCUACUCCGCCCAACCUAUGCUGCCUUAAAUUUUUUUCUAGAGAUGGAGUCUCACUAUUGCCCAGGCUGGUCUCAAACUCCUGGCUCAAGCAAUCCUCCCGCGUCAGCCUCCCAAAGUGUUCAGAUGACAGGUGUGAGCCCCGGCACCAGUCUUAACCCAUGCUGUGCAUGGUAGCCCACCUGAGCUUCCAGAAGACGGGUCUCAUCGCCUCCCACUCUCCCUGCUCCCCGCUGAAGCCUUGUCUGCAGGCCUCAUUCUCCAGAACCUAGCUGUCUUCUGGGUAACCACCAGGCCAAGCUCCCCUUGCCUCUGAGACGUUGCAUCCACCGUUCUCCUCUUUCCAGAACAGCCUUCUCAGUGCUCCAGGGGCUGUUUCUCAUCCCUUAGUGCUCAGUGUACCCCUCCCCUCCACUGGGCAGGGACGUUUGCUCAGCCCUUUGCUGUGCGCGGGGCUCUUAGAAAUCCUUGGAAUCUAGCCAGGUACAGUGGCUCAUGCCUGUAAUCCCAGCACUUUGGGAGGCCGAGGUGGGCGGAUCACCUGAGGUUAGGAGUUUGAGACCAGCCUGGCCAACAUGGUGAAACCCCAUCUCUACUACAAAUACAAAAAUUAGCCGGGCGUGGUGGCAGGUGCCUGUAGUCCCAGCUACUUGGGAGGCUGAGGCAGGAGAAUUGCUUGAACCCAGGAGGCAGAGGUUGCAGUGAGCUGAGAUUGCGCCACUGCACUCCAGCCUGGUGACAGAGCAAGACUCUGUCUUAAAAAAAGUUCCUCGGAAGUCUCACAGGAAGUUUGGCUACACUCUGAAUAGCUGUCUGCUCUGCCCUUUUUUCCCCCACUCCUUGUACUUAGGCUGAAUCUUGUGAUAAUUUUUUUUUUUUUUUAAGAUAGGGUCUUGGGACUGGGUGCAGUGGCUGACACCUGUAAUCCCAGAAGUUUGGGAGGCCGAGGCGGACGGAUCACUUGGUGUUAGGUGUUUGAGACCAGCCUGGCCAAUAUGGUAAAACCCCAUCUCUACUAAAAAUACAGAAAUUAGCUGGGCAUGGUGGUGUGUGCCUGUAAUCCUAGCUAUUCAGGAAGCUUAGACGGGAACGCUUGAGCCCGGUAGGCAGAGGUUGCAGUGAGCUGGAGAGCACCACUGCACUCCAGCCUGGGCGAGAGCAAGACCCCGUCUCAAAAAAGAGAAUGUUGGCCAGGUAGAGUGGCUCAUGCCUGUAAACCCAGCACUUUGGGAGGCCAACAUGAGCGGAUCACUUGAGUCCAGGAGUUUGAGACCAGCCUGGGCAACAUCGACCCCAUCUCUAAAAUAAGUUAACCAGGCAUGGUGGUGGUACGUGACUAUAGUCCCGGUUACUUGGGAGGCUGAGGCAGGAUUGCUUGAGCCCAGGAGGUUGAGGUGAGUUAGGACUGUGCCACAGCACUCUAGGCUGGGCAACAGAGCGAGACCCUGUCUUAAAUUCCAGGCCGGGUGCAGUGGCUCACGCCUGUAAUCCCAGCACUUUGGGAGGCCGAGGUGGGGGGAUCACCUGAGGUUAGGAGUUUGAGACCAGCCUGGCCAACACGGAGAAACCCUGUCUCUACUAAAAAUACAAAAAUUAGCUGGGUGUGGUGGUACUCCUGUAAUCCCAGCUACUUGGGAGGCUGAGGCAGAAGAAUCGCUUGAGCCCAGGAGGCGGAGGUUGCAGUGAGCUGAGCUCAUACCACUGUACUCCAGCCUGGGCGACAGAGUGAGACUGUCUCAAAAAAAAGUUUCUACCUAGAGGCCUGAGUGACUACCUGGAGUAGAGCCCUGUGCACCGUGUGGGUAUGAGCAAGGAAUAAAUGCGUUAACCCUGA